UUGGUCACAAAUGAGCUAAGAUUUUGUGCCCAUCUAAAGUCAUUUGGACUUUAGAUGCCCAAAUGACCUAAAAUCUUAAAUCACUAAUUUAUUUAUUUAUUGAAUAUGACUAUAUAUCUUCAUGUCUGGUUAUAAUCUGGCCUGAGUUUGUCUUGCGAAAUUGAGCUCAGUUUCUAAAAAUUUCUAAAAUCCACUGCAGUUAAUUUGUGUUUUAAAAAGAUGGAUGACAUUUUUACAUAAGGUCAGGUUAAACUGGAUGAAAUUCAGCAUUUGAAAACCUCUUGUGCACAUUUUUGUUAUUUAAAUACAUAACAAAUGAAAAAGACAUUUUUUCCCCCAAAGAUUCAGCAGUUUGCCGGAUUCCUUAUAGUUGCCAUGGUGAAUUGCCAUGGAAACCAGAAGAAACCCAGACUUACUUGUUUUUAUUUAAGACAUUCGGACUUCUAAACCACCUGGUGUCAAAUGUAUCUGCCAAAGUCAGCAGGCCAACAAUCUGCUGAGUGUGUGAAGAAGAAAUGUCGUUUGAAGACAGGAUCGUACAUUUACUCACAUAUCUAAGAACCGAUUUUAGGAGUCCAAGGUCUGGUACCUACAGGACCUCAGAACCUGAACAUGGACCUGAGAACAAAAAUGCUGCCAUAGUCGAGCUUAAGAAGAUACUGAAACCCAUCUGGCAUCUUGUUUUGAUCGGAAUUCUGAGCGGGAUCCUCGUCAUGGUGGUAUUAAUCAUCAUCAUCGAGUGGAACACCAAGCAAAACGUGAUAACGAGCCUAGAGCAGGUCAAAGAGGAGAUGAAGACCAACACCGAGAAGCUGCUAGAGGAGAAAAGCAGGAUUUCAGAACAGCUGAACUUAACCAACACAAACUUCUCCAUUCUGAUGGCGGAGUAUGAACGGCUGUUGAUCGAACAUCCGUGCAAUUAUACCCAGCUGGAGAAGAAAAUUAUCAGCCUGCAUGGGGUUUUGAGCAACGCUUUAAAAACUAAAGAAAGGAUUGAGGGGGAAGUCAACCAGCUGACGGCCCAAAUAAAGUCUACCCAGAAAAAUGACCAGCUUACGGAGCUGGAGAACAAGAAACAGCGUUCGUUCCUGUCCUCCAAGUAUCUUGACUACAUUUGGGAUCUUUGUAACCAGACCACGCUGCAGUGCUCCCGCUGCCUGCCGGGGUGGAAGGAGCACGCUUCCCGGUGCUUCCUCCUGUCCAACUUGGACGAGAAAUGGGAAAAUGCUCGCAUCGAGUGCCGCAACUACAAAGGGGACCUAGCUGUCGUCCUGAACGCCGCAGACCAGGCGUUCUUGACGAACCUGACGUUCCAGUUUAAAAAGGCAAAUCCCGGCAUGACCUUCCACUCAGCGUGGAUCGGGCUGCAGGACAUGGUCAAGGAAGGAGACCACAUCUGGGUCAAUGGCGAGAGAAUCAAAUCGGAUGUCAUAUACUGGAGACCUGGCGAGCCCAACAACGCCGUAGCUGCCUGGGACACUGAGCAAGCCGGUCAGGACUGCGUGUCCAUUCUACCACCAGAUGAGGUGGGACCUAAGGGCUGGUUGAACAGCUGGGAUGACAUUACUUGUGUUGGGAAACGUCACUACAUCUGUGAGACUGAUGCCCUGAUUUUGACCUAGGAUGGAAGAAGUCCUGUUUUAAUCUGGCCACAAGACACAUGUGGGAGGAAAUAGUCGGGUCAGAGAGUCUGAAAUGUAUCUUUCUUGAUAAAAAAGCACAAAACUCUGAAUUCUGAGUGAAAGAUUGUGGGGGCAGCAUCAUGCUGUGGGGAUGAGAUGGAGUAAUGAGAUGGUAGAUGGAGAUUUAAAAAAUGCAUUCUAUACUCUAAGAAAAUCUACAACUACAGAAGAAGCAAAAGAAUAAAAA